AUGGCUUUCGACAUGCUUGUAGCACUUCUCUUGAUUGUCUCUUUUCUGUUUCUUGGCCAUUGGUAUAGAAACAGAAACUCCACUGUCGGGAAUUGGCCUGUCGUAGGGAUGUUGCCUGCACUGGCUUCCAAUGCCGAUCGAAUGCUUGAUUUCUUCACUGAUAUGCUUAAGUCCAACGGUGGCACUUUCAAGAUCCAGGGACCCUGGUUUGCAAGCUCCGACUUCCUUCUCACUGCCCACCCCAUGAACAUCAACCACAUUUUCUGCAAAAACCAUGGAAACUACGAGAAAGGCCCGGAGCUCAGGCAAAUCCUCGAGACCUAUGAAGGAAUAAUCACUUCAGAUUCAGAUAUGUGGAAGAGGCAAAAGAAGGCAUUGCUUUCAUUCUUCAAGUACAACAAGAAAUCUGCAGCGUACAUGGACCGAAUUCUUCUGCAGGUGCUCCAGGGAAGUCUCAUCCCGGUCCUCGAGCAUUUUCAGACACUUGGAACUGAAGUAGACCUCGAAGAUGUGCUUGGUCUGUUCAACUAUGACUACAUGUGCUUGUUGGGAUUCGGGGUCAACCCCAAAACUCUAUCCGCCGAAUUGCCUGUUGUCGAAAUCACAGAGGCAUUGGGACACAGAGAUGACGCUUUGGUUCAUACGAAGACUGUGCCUCCAAUGAUAUGGAAAUUGCAGAAAUGGCUUCAAAUUGGAAAGGAAAAAAAGCUGAGGAGAGGGUUGGAGAUGGUGGAUGAUUUUGCCCCACACACACAUUUCAUCAAGACGAGAUGA